UCAAAUUUUGAAAAAAUUACCGCCAACAUUCUAAGAUUUUACAAUUUGAAAAAAUAGUCCAUCUAUAAAUAUUCUCAUAUAUCUUAACAUUUUUUCUCAUCAUUUUCUUCUCUCCAAUCUUUGUUAUAUUUCAUUAAAAUUCAUCAUGAAUCAUUCUAAUUUUAAUUUUUAUGAUGCUUUUGAUUUUGAUGAUGACACUCCUGUGUUGGCUUUUCAAGUUGCUAUUGCUGUGGUUGCUGAAGAAGAAUCGAAUAAUCAAGGGCGGAGAACAGGGUAUCGUGGCUCUAUUCCUGGUCACAAUAUUGUCAAUCGUAAUAGAAAGGAAGAUCUUACUGAUGAAUAUCUUCGAAUUGGAGAAACCACUGCGAUAGAAAGUCUUAGAGCUUCCGUCAAAGCAAUCGUAGAAGUUUUUGGUGAUUGGUAUCUAAGGGCACCAAACGAGGCCGAUAUUUGUCGAUUAUUAUCAAUUGGAGAGCAGCGUGGGUUUCCAGGGAUGUUAGGGAGCAUUGAUUGUAUGCAUUGGAAAUGGGAGAAAUGCCCAAUUGCAUGGCAUGGGAUGUAUACGUCAUUGUCGUGAACCAACUAUAAUUCUAGAGGCGGUGGCUUCACAAGAUCUUUGGAUAUGGCAUGCCUUUUUUGGAAUGCCUGGAUCAUUAAAUGAUAUUAAUGUUCUUGAUCGGUCACC